AUGCUGAAGGCAUUACAUCAAGGGUGUAAGGAGAAUGAUUUGCUGCUGGUGUCUAUGUUGUUGGAUCGAAAAGGUAGCGAACUUGUCAACAUCAAAGACCAACAUGGAAGAACGGCCCUCCACAUCGCGGCUAUUUAUGAUAACUCGAUGUUAGCGGAAUUGCUGUUCCAACAUGGGGCCGAUACUUGCGCGGUAUCGGACCGCGGUGAGAUGCCACUUGAUUGCGCAAGUCGUGAUGAUAUGGUCAUAAUAUUAGCCAAAAUGAUGUCCAGAGAUGGAAAAGAUGACCUUGUACGGGAAAGACUCAACUACUUAAACAAACCCGUCAAACUCAAACAAAUUAUUCUCAAAGAACUCGAGAAGAUUUCACAAGAACAACGAACACUACCCUUCUUAGCAAGUCUAGUUGGGAAACCAAAAAGUGCUUUUUCAAAUUUAUUUGGCACGUUGGAAAGCGAUUCCCAGCGAUCAAGUCUGUCUAACGUCUCGGACUCUGGAAGAUCAAGUAUUGGCGAUUCUGGGUACUCAGAGAUGGACAAGAUUGGAUCCUCGCGAGGUGAUAUUCCUUUUUCAGAUAGCUUCCACACUUCCUCUAAUGUUCAAGAGAAGAUAAGUGAAAUUGUGCCGAAACAAAGACGAGUGACCUCACCACUUACUCAAGAGGAAAUGAACUUAAUUGAAUCGAAUUGUAAUCGUCCACUAGAACAAAAAACAUCUGUAAACAGCAAAAACACUAAAACCAGAAGAAAAACACAUCCUACAAGAAAGACACCGAGUUCGAAUUCCACGCAUAAAAAAGUAGUUGCCAAAAGAGAGAAACGUGUCCAGUUUACUUCGGAUGUUUUAUUAGACAUUGCGAUUGCAAAUGAUGAAUUUGUCGAAGCUUGUCACUUGAUUAAGUCGAGAAAGGUAGACAUCAAUCGACCAGGACCAAAUGGUUUGACGCCGUUACACAGAGCUGCUACUGAAGGAAGUUACGAUUGCUUACAACUACUGAUUGACCAAGGAGCGAACGUAGACAUUCGAGAUGAGAAUGGCUGCACGCCUUUACAUGAUGCAGUCUAUCACGGCAAUGUAAGGUGUGUUUUAGCUUUGCUUAAAGCUGGAGCGAACGUUUCGAUACAGACCAAUGACUGGUUAAGUGUAUUAGAACUUGCUAAUGGGGAAGAAAUGCUUCUUAUCGUAGGACGUGCUUUGAUAUUAUACGAACUUGGUUUUGUUACUGACAUCGGAGAAGACAUUACUGAGAACAUCUCCAGUGAUCCCGAUAGAGAAUCUUGCGUUUAAGACUAGCUAAAAACUCUCUCUAGAUAAAAUAAAUAUAAUAUAUAGGAACUGUAAAUUGAAAUGGAUUAACAAGUGAUCCAUGUUAUGACAACAUCGUACUUAUGUCAAUAAAUCAUAUAGGAUAACCUCUUAAAAAGUCUUAAUGGUGUUAAUAGAAUUAUAACUGACUAAUCUACUUCCAAACACUAUAUUAUGGCCUGAAAAA